UUUGGUGGGGGCUAAUAACUAUUUCUCAGAAACCAAAAUAAUCUAAAUAUACAACAGUUUGACCGUUUAUUGCCAGCAAAGCCCCAAACUAGAAGAUUCUACGAAAUUUCAGUGCAUCUAACUUUCCAAUUUCUUACAGGUCAGACUAAGCACUCUUUCUACUUUUGCAAACCCAAAAUAAAAAAAAAUACGAUUUUAAACUAGAAUCCUCACAAUACAUGUUUGCAGCUCGUAUUCACCCAAUAUGUAUAGUUGGAACUUCUUUGUGACUUUGGUGGCUUGAUAGAUGCUUUAUUUCAACAAGAGAUUGAUUUCUUUGGGGAAAAAGAUUUGGUCUUUGCUAAAUGUUUGAUUCUUGGCCUAGUUGACUUUUCUCCACAUAUAACCAAAGUUAUAAGUUGGAGGGGAGAAGAUUUAGUGUUUGAGAGGUGUUUGCUUUUGAGUUUGGAGAAGGGAAUUGAUAUGGGUAAAGGAGGAGGGUGCAUACCAAGCAAACACAAGGCAUCUGCGGCAAUACCCAAUCAAACUGCAGCCCUUUCAGUGAGCGAAAGAUCCAUCUCAUUUGAAGGUCAAAGCCCAAGAAAGUUGAGAAUCUUGAUCGUCUUCUAUUCAAUGUACGGCCAUGUAGAGGCCCUUGCGAGGGAGAUGAAGGAAGGUGUUGAUGAGGUUGAAGGCGUGGAGGGGGUCUUGUAUCGGAUUCCGGAGACAUUGGCACCGCAAGCUUUGGAGCAAAUGCAGGUGCCUCCCAAGGAUGAUGGCAUUCCGGUUAUAUCGGCAGAGCAGUUGGUGGAGGCUGAUGGCUUGCUGUUCGGCUUCCCGGCCAGGUAUGGCUCCAUGGCCGCGCAGAUGAAGGCCUUUUUCGACUCCACGGGGGCGCUGUGGAGGGACCAGAAGCUUGCCGGAGUGCCCGCGGGCUUCUUUGUGGGCACCGGAACACAAGGAGGCGGCCAGGAAACAACUGCUUGGACAGCAAUUACACAGUUAGCACAUCAUGGGAUGGUGUAUGUGCCGAUUGGAUAUACAUUUGAGGAAGGAAUGUGGGAAAGUGAGAGGAUAAGAGGGGGUUCCCCCUAUGGAGCUGGAGUUAUCAGUGGCGAUGGCACAACUGGAGGACCCUCACAAACUGAACUGGCUCUUGCUCAUCACCAAGCCAAAUACAUGGCUUCCAUUGUCAAGAGAUUUGCUAUACCAUAACCACAAUACACUCUCGUUCAUUAUACAUGUUUUGGAUAGUUUCCAUCUUUCAUUCAUUUCCAUGAACAAUGCUCUGCAUUUUACUUGCCAGAAUAUAUUCUGUACAGAAUACUUAUCCUUUUCUAA